AUGGCCGAGGACCUGCGUCGGCUCGAGCACGUGCGACUGCGCAACCGCCUCAAGCAGCAGCGCCACAAGGCGCGCUACGUCCACGAGCGCGACCUCCUUCGGGACCAGGUCGAGCACAUGACGCAGCUCCUUGCCUCGUGGCGCACGCACCCGCGCUUGGCGAUGGUGUCGUGGCGCGAUACCGCGACGGGCCUCCGCGACGCUGCAGCCGAGGCGCAAGCGACGCUGCACGAGCUGAGGCGGCAGCACCGCGUCAUGAUCGACACCGUGCGGA